AAUAAAAAAAAAAUCCCAGAAUCUUCCCGCGUCUUUUGAUUUCGGUAGACAGAAAUGUCCGCCGGCGAAAACCGAGCAGCAUCAGCAGCAGCGACAGAUACUUCAAAUGAUGAAUCGUUAAGGCUAGCCGUAGCCAUAUCUCUCCUCCGAUCAAAGUUUCUCCAGCGCCAUCAUCCUCCUUCCCAAUCCGACGCUCUUAAAUGGAAGCGAAAGGCAAAGGAGCGAAAGCAAGCGAUUCUCAGACUCAGAGACGAUCUCAAGGAAGCCGAAGAUGCUUCGCAAUGCGAUCUUUUCCCGCAAACUGCUUCUUGCAAGUGCUAUUUCUUCGAUAAGAUGGGGAAAUUAAGCCCUAAUCGACUCGGAGACGCUUCUGAUCGUAGAUUCAAUGAUGUUCUUCGCCGAAGAUUUCUCAGACAAGUUCGAUUGAGGGAAAGAAGGAAAAGAGCUGCUUCAUCUCUAAAAGGGCGUGUUUUAGGUGCAUUUAUAAAACCUUUCUGGACCCUUUGCUGUAAUGAUGAAGAUCAAGCAGAGCAGCUUAAGGCUUCAAUUGAUUUUCUUGUGGAGCUUUGUGAUACAAGUUCUCCUGUUCAAGAAUCUAAAUUCGAAAAUUGGUCUCACCAAGCUGUGGAAUUCAUUUUAGUGGCAUUGAAGAAUCUAUUAUCGACGGGAAGGAACUUGGAAUCCAUCGAAGGAGUUGUUAGCAGCUUAAUUAUGCGUUUGGUUAGACUGAUGUCUUCUCCCUCAAGAGGAGAUGAGGCACAUCACAGUGACACCAAUUCCCAGUUCUACAUUCAACAUUUGCUUCGUAAGCUUGGGUGUGAACCCUACAUUGGACAGCGUGUAAUACUUUCAGUUUCUCAAAGAAUAUCUGUACUCGCAGAAAGUUUACUUUUCUCAGAUCCAUUUGAUGAAAAUUUUCCUGCUAUGCAUGACUGCAUGUUUGUAAUGAUCCAGCUUAUUGAGUUUUUGGUAUCAGACUACCUGUUAACCUGGUCAACAAAUGAAGGCUUUGACAAUAUUCUUUUUGAAGAGUGGGUGACAUCACUUGUCCAGGCACGGAAAGCUGUUGAAGUUCUAGAGAGCAGAAAUGGGCUGUAUGUGGUGUACAUUGAUCGAGUCACGGGAGAAUUGGCUAAACUCGUGGGUCAGGUUCCAUUGUUGCAGAAGCUCAAUUCAGAUAUUUUUGAUGCCCUUUUCCGUUAGGGUAUCUGCAAUGGGAGUCACAUGCCUGAAAAUGCUUCAAACUUUUUUGGUUCUAGUUCUGGGAUAGCAAACUGUAAACCAUGCUUAAAAUGGAAAACAAGUUUCAAGCGUUUUAUCCCCUUGAGCACUUUUGCAUUUUAAAUGGAACGAGAAUAGCAUCUCUUUGGUCUUUGCUCAGUUUGAAAAUUGGUGAUAGAAUAAAGUAUGGGAUUUGCGACUUUGCCUCAAAUUUACGUACAGGUUUUAAGCCAGGGUCGUAGCGGCUGAAGCUUCAAGGUAGUGGUACCUCAGCGCGUCUCUUAGGCGGCUGCGUGUGUCAGCGUGGUUGACUGCUUGAAUUUCAUACCGUGUUGGAAAACCAUUUUACCUGUGAGACUAGUAUGAUUCUAACUUCUGAAUUAUUUCUGCGCUGCAUCAUUACUUUGAAUAUAGUGAAUUAAAACAUAUCAAGUGUUUUUAGAGUUC